AUGAACAACAGCAUCUAUGAAAGAGUGCUUGAGGCCUGCGCGUUGAAGCUGGACCUGCAAUCCAUGCCUUUGGGGGAUUUGCCCCUCGGCACGGGAUGUGGCUCCACAAUCUCAGGUGGGCAACGGGCGCGUGUUGGCAUAGCCCGAGCCGCAUACCGCGCAGCCUUGGAACAGGAAGCCAGGCACGUGCCACUGGUUGUGCUGGAUGACCCCUUCUGCGCCUUGGAUAAGGAGGUGGCCGUACAGGUUUGCAAAUCCUUGCUGUCUCAAAGCGGUCUUUUGAGGCAGAGCACUGUCCUGGUGGCCGCUGCGGACCCCUGGUGGUUGAGCUGCCUGGUGGAGAAUGGCCAGCUGGAUGCAGGCAUUGUCAUUCUGCGAUCUGGAUCUGUGCUGACUCGGGGGAGCCUGUCUGAGUUGCUGGGUCAAGAUCUGCCAGAGCUGAAGACGGUGGUGAUGACCCAAGCAUCCCAAGCCGAAGGGACUGAGGUGUUCAUGCGCAAUCCGCAAGACGAGGAGGAUGAGGGUGAAAUGCCGGAGAGGCAGGCCGAGGACGCAGCUCCACGACUGCCUCCGCUGCCGAUGAUGAUGUCACCUCCCAAGAGCAUUGAAGCUGAGACGCAGACACCACUGACCAAAGAGCAAGAGAUCAAGGGCGCUUUGGCUUCAGAAGAAGGUCGCGUGGCCGGACAUGUGCAAUGGAGCACGUAUUACAGCUACCUGCAGGCCGUGGGAUACUUCAACUUUACCGUGAUGUUCAUUGCUUUGGCUGGAAUCAUGGUGUUCCAGAACUUUUGCAAUCUUUGGAUUGUGUAUUGGACAUCUGACGAUAAGGAGACCACCCUGAUGUACGGCUGGAUGAAGGGCAUUGGAGCAAAGCCUACGACUGGCACUACCUCCAUGUUGACGGUCUAUGGUGUGCUGAUCGCAUGUUUCUUCAUCUCCAACUUCGCGGGUCAUGCCUUGGAGAUCAUCGGUGGUAUCCGUGCAGCCAAAAGGAUCUUCGCCAAUGCUUUGGAUGGUGCACUGUACAAGCCUUUCCAAUGGUGGGAUACCAAUCCCACAGGCCGCGUCCUAAAUCGCUUCUCAGCAGAUGUUGAGGUGAUGGAUAAGGCUGUGACCAACAUUUUUGGUAUCAUCAUUGGAGCCGUGCUGUACUUUCUGGGUCAUACCUUGGUGUUGACCUUCUCGAGCCCGAUGUCCAUCAUUCUCCUGCCGCUGAUUAUUUUGCUCAUGGAGUACUUCGCGCGCUACUACCGCAACACCAUCCGCGAGAUUCAACGUUUGUACUUGGUGAGCCAGUCAGAAGUGUACCAGGAGAUGACGGAUGCGAUCACCGGAGGCGUUACGAUUCGGGCCUACAGUGCCAAAGAGCAGGUCCUGAUGCGAUGCCUGCUGGAUUUGGAGGAAUUCCAACGAGCUGGCUUCGUGAAAACGACAUUGUCGCAAUGGAUUGGAUUGCGCAUGGGACUUGUUGGCUUCAUUCUUAGCACCUUCAACCAGCUCCAACCAGUGCUUCAGUAUUACGGAGUCAUCGCCACACGCAGUGCUGCUUUGGUGGGAUUCUCCAUCAACUACAGCAACGAGGUCUCUAGCGUGGUUCAGCAGUUUGUAAUGAACUUUUCUGAGAUGGAGAUGCAGCUGGUCUCCAUUGAGCGUCUCUGCGAAUACGUCCGCCGUCGAAGCACCAUGGAUGCCGAUGCUUCGAUCGCGCUGCCGUCCGCCGCCAGCGUCCAGCAGGGGCUGGAGCUGCGCAAUGUGGUGGUGAGGUAUCGGCCGUCUUUGCCGCCUGCUUUGGAUGGCGUGACUCUUCGCUUCAUGCCCGGUGACACUGUGGCGGUGGUGGGCCGAACCGGCGCAGGGAAGACCUCGUUGAUGUUGGCCAUCCUCCAGUUGGCGCCGUAUUCGGGGGAGAUCUACAUCGACGAGCAGCCCCUGACCAACCUCAACGAGCAAGCCUGUGGUCGCUUAGUGGCUGUGGUUCCACAGGAACCUGUCCUCUUCUCAGGAACUUUGCGUUGGAACCUGGAUCCAGCCAACCAGUUCUCGGACCAGAGACUGUGGGAUUCCAUCAAGGCAGUGGGCUUGCUGCGGAGCUGCAAGAGUGCCCUGGGGCUCAACGCCCAAGUGCAGGGUUCAAUCGGAGGUAGCCAACCUCAUCCAGGCGUCCUGGCGCUGUCGCAAGGCCAGCGCCAGCUCCUCUGCGCCGCCCGGGCGCUGCUGCGCCAGCCCCGCGUGGCACUGCUGGACGAGGUCACCGCGGCGCUGCCGCAGGAAGUGGCCAGCAGCACGGUGGCGGAGCUGGUGAAGAAGUUCAAGGAGAUCAAUGCAACCACCCUGAUGGUCACGCAUCAAGAGGAACUGACUUCCGUUUGCGACCGGACCAUUUGUUUGUCCCAGGGUCGUGUGGUUAGUGACACCGCGGGAGGCAGGCGAAGCAUGGUUUCCAUGUGAUUUCCGUCUCACGGCCGAAGACGUUGAAAAGCGAAUACCCUGCACAUGGCAGGGUUGAAAGUGCAUGCUGUAUCUAGGACUGGUGGGUGCCCUUACCUGCCUGAACACAACAGCUGCAAAGCAAAGUCAAGCUGCUUU